AUGGCCUCGAAGCUCCUCCGUGUGCUGGCGACCGCCCUGCUGGUCGCUGCGGCCGUGUCGGUCGACGCGCGCCUGGUGGUGCGCAUGGUGCAGGUGGCACACCGCCACGGUGCCCGCAGUGCCCUCGUCGACGACAAUGCGACGCAGAUUUGCGGCACCGUGUAUCCGUGCGGCGAGCUGACCGACGAGGGCGUCGAGAUGGUCCGUGCGAUCGGCAAGUUUGCCCGCAGCCGCUACAACGACCCCUCACUUGUGGAGAGCCCUCUCUUCCCGUCCACGCGGUACAACUCCUCGGUCGUGUACACCCGCUCCACUGACACCCAGCGCACCAUCCAGAGUGCGACCGCCUUCCUGCACGGCCUCUUCGAGGACGACUACUUCUUCCCGGUGGUGUACUCGCACAACAUGACAACCGACACGCUGCUCAGCACCGACACGGUGCCGUCCGUGAUGGGCCGUAGCUGGCUCGACAGCCCGGCGCUGUCCGCCACCCUCAACCCGGUGGUCGACGCGCACCUCACCUGGGACGCCAUCCAGGCCGCCGCCAAGGACGCAUGGAUCGAGGGCCUGUGCGCGGACCCCAACGCCCGCGCCGACUGCGUCCUCAACCUGUACGACGUGGCCGCCGCAUUCGAGGCUUCCGGCCGGCUUGACUCCACCAGCGAUCUCAAGGCGGCGUAUCCGGGCCUCGUCGAGGUGAACGCCGCCUGGUACAAGUAUGUCUUUGGCUGGAACGACACGGACAAGCUCGAUCGCACUCAGGGCACGCCCUCGCAGAACCUUGCGCAGACGAUGCUGGACAACAUGAACGCCCACCGCCUCUCGCCGUCGUACAAGCUGUUCGAGUACAGCGCUCACGACACAACGAUCGCUCCCUUGGCGGUCACGUUCGGUGACCAGGGCAACACGACGAUGCGCCCGCCCUACGCGGUUACCAUCUUCGUGGAGCUUCUCCAGGACACCGAGGAUGCCAACGGCUGGUACGUGCGCCUCAUCCGCGGCAACCCCGUGAAGGCAGCCAACGGUAUCUACGUCUUCCAGCAGAGCGGCAUCGAGGUGCACUGCAUGGACAGCGCUGGCAACAUGGAGGUCGCCUCCACCGGCAUCUGCCCGCUGGAUAACUUCCGCCGCAUGGUCGACUACUCACGCCCCACCGUGGAAGAUGGCAACUGCGCCAUGACGACGACUCAGUACAGCAACAUGGGCUGCCCGCGCACCAUCGCGGACAACGAGCCGGUGCCGUUGCGCUGCGAGGUUUACCGCCGGGUUUGCACAAACAAGGCUUGCCCGCCCGCCCACAUCCUCUCGGCGGCCGACUACCAGUGCCACCCCACAGCCGAAACACAGGGGCCCAGCAGCAGCACGAACAGCAGCAGCGGCAGCAGCAGCAGCAGCGGCAUCACGACUCCACCUGACACCUCUGCCUUCCUGAGGCCCAUGAACUUGAGGCCGCGCGUGCUCUCGCCGGAGAAGAGGCGCCGCAUUGCCGCGGACAUUCUCUACGGUGUGACCAACGGCGUUGCUGUCGGUGCGGCUGUCCAGGAAUACAACCAUCAAGGCUGA